AUGUGGGUGAUGGGGCAAAGGGAGGAGGGGGGUGUCAGGGCUCAGAGGGGGGGGGGGGGGGGGGAACAGGGAAGCGAAGAAGGCAGAGGGGGUCUCCGAGAGGACUCCCGCCGCCCUCGCCCCGCUCCACGUGGCGUCCGUUCAUUUGGGCGACCGAACCCUGGCAGGCUGAAUAAAUCACGCCGGGCUCUCGGCAGAGGGGAUGAGCGGGAGUUGAGUUCCGAGGGGGAGCAUGUCCACCGUGCUCCCCGACAAUGGAGAGUUAUACGGUCGAGGGGGGAGUGUGUGUGUGUGUGUGUGGGGGGGGGAGGCACUCGUCUAAGCGGAAUCCUCUCUCCGUCCCGCGCUCCAGGUAAAAUCAAGUACUCGGAGCAGGUGUACGACUCGUGCAUGGACGCGUUCGACUGCCUUCCCCUGGCCGCCCUCAUGAACCAGCAGUUUCUGUGCGUCCACGGCGGGCUGUCGCCUGAGAUCCACACCCUAGACGACAUCAAGAAGCUGGACCGGUUUAAGGAGCCGCCGGCGUUCGGGCCCAUGUGCGACCUGCUGUGGGCCGACCCCCUGGAGGACUUUGGGAACGAGAAGACCCAGGAGUUCUUCAGCCACAACACGGUGCGAGGCUGCUCCUACUUCUACAGCUAUCCAGCUGUAUGCGAGUUCCUGCAGAACAAUAAUUUAUUAUCAGUCAUCCGGGCACAUGAAGCACAAGAUGCUGGCUACCGGAUGUACCGGAAGAGUCAAACCACCGGCUUCCCCUCCCUCAUCACCAUCUUCUCCGCGCCCAACUACCUGGACGUGUACAAUAACAAAGCUGCGGUCCUGAAGUACGAGAACAACGUGAUGAACAUCCGGCAGUUCAACUGCUCCCCUCACCCCUACUGGCUGCCCAACUUCAUGGACGUGUUCACCUGGUCUCUGCCCUUCGUCGGAGAGAAAGUGACGGAGAUGCUGGUGAACGUCCUGAGCAUCUGCUCCGACGACGAGCUGAUGAACGACGGCGACGAGGAGGAGAUCUUCGACGCCAAUGCGGCUGCAGCACGGAAGGAGGUGAUCAGGAACAAGAUCCGCGCCAUCGGGAAGAUGGCCAAGAUGUUCCAAGUGCUGCGGGAGGAGAGCGAGAACGUGCUGACGCUGAAGGGGCUGACGCCCACUGGGAUGCUGCCGAGCGGGGUGCUGUCCGGGGGCAAGCAGACCCUGCAGAGCGCCACCGUCGAGGCCAUCGAAGCGAUCGAGCCAGAACCUGAGGACGGAGAAGCCAUCCGAGGAUUCUCUCCCCAGCACAAGAUCAACAGCUUUGCGGAGGCCAAGGGCCUCGACCGCAUCAACGAGCGCAUGCCGCCGCGCCGGGACGGCGUCAACCACGUGGGCCAGUCCAUGGGCAAGAUGAACAUGUCCGAGGCCAACGGCACGGACGACAACGGCGACAUCCAGUGAUCCCGCCCUCCCCCAACAGCCAACAUCCAAUGACCCGCCCUCCCCCAACAGCCCACAUCCAAUGACCCGCCCUCCCCCAACGGCGACAUCCAAUGAGCUGCCCUCCCUCCCCCCCGAGUCCGUGCCACAGCCGAAUCCAGCGGCCCACACAUCGCCACAACCUGACAUCAGGCCUCCGAAUAUAGACGCGACAAAACAACACCGACUCGCAGCCAGCAACGCGGCACCCGCAUCUGCCUUUCCCAGCGCUCCGACAUCCAAUUUCAUGAAACGCUUCCAAGCGUCCAAAAUGUUAAAAAGGUCAGGCGGUUUAUUUUUCUGGAACUGGGCUCCCAGGGGCGAGGGUGUAGUUAGCUGAGAGGGAGGGGGGGAGGGGGGAAGUGUGGGUUCCACUCCUCUUUGGGAAGGGGCGGUGGUUAGGGAGGUUAAAAAGGCCAUCGGGCUACGGGGGAACCGGAUUGGCUGAAUGGAUGUGGUCCCGAGGGCAUGUCGAUCGGUUCCCUCUCUCUCCGUCCAAUCACAGGCCGAGUGGGCUGGGCUCUCUCUCUCGAUUGCCACUCCAUCUUUCAAAGGUCUGGACUGGACACACUGCAGUUCAGUAUCCAUGCAGCACCCAAUUUGACUCUUUUGACGGCCAGAGUUUCACUCACGAAUGCAUCUCCUACUUAAAACGGCCCCCGCCACUCCACCCCCGUUGUGUUCCUCGUCGCCACGGUGAAAUGGACAAAAAGAUCAACGUCUUGUUUGUAAGAGCGGACAUUUUGAAAAGAGAGAAAACUUGUCCAUUUUGCUACUCACGAUGUCAUCUCCCCCCCC